AUGAAUCUUCUACCUGUCGAAGCAAAACUUGAUAUCCUCAAAUGCCUCAACUUUUACCAAUUGAACAACUUUCAACUGUCAAAUCGUCAUUUUUGUCAAGUGAUCGUCAAAUACAACAAAGAAUUGGCUAGGAAAGUGUUUUAUUCUGUUGAAUUGGUUGCUAAUUAUGUUUGUAAAGAGCUGGAGUGUGAUCCUAGUGAAUUGGACUUGGAUGUAAGCGAGGAAGAUAAAUUAAAGUAUCAAGCAGCAAUUCAAGAACGGAUUCCUUUCUACCUUGAUCACAAAAACGAAUCUGACGCAGACGAUAAAACAAAUGAAAUUGGGAAUUUGCUGUUUGAAUCAGGAGAAACAAAUGGAACAUCGCCUAAAUUUCUUCGACUUCAAUUACAACAAUAUCCACAAACAAUUGAAGAAAUGCUUAUUUUUCGUUUCUGGCUUGAAAAGCUUUCGCAUUGCUUCAUUGAAAACUUCAAAGUUGAACAAGCCUAUAUCAAUCCGGACAUUCUCGAAUUAUUUUUUGGCGAUUCCCCGUUUAAAUUCCACACAAACUACUUUUACCUGGUUGAUAAGGAACAAUUCAUUUUUACUAGGGGAUGUGAUCUUUUGCACAAUUACGUUGUUAUUCACGGAUAUCGAGGCUUCUAUUUCCAAGAUAAUUUUGUGAAACUGCGUGGCGAACUGGUAAAAGAAGAAGAACGUGGACUUUAUUUUGUGGAGGAAGAGAAUGAAGAAGAAUCUCCUAAAGUUGUGGAGUAUGAAAUGGUUGAUGUAGAUAAUCCACAAGAAGAUUCAACGAUCGUCUUAUGUUUACCUAUUGGUUCUAAGAAAACGGCUGAUUAG